CUCAUUUUUUUUAAGUUUAAUUUGUUGCCCUAGAGUUUGCAAUAUAUAUUUAAGCUACACUAAGGCCACUUUCAAAUGGUAGUGCAGGUACCUUAUAACAGUUUUCCCAAUUCCUCCCUCCUGUCCCUUAUAACAUUGCUGUCAUAGAUUUCAUUUGCCCAUAAGCUGUAAUCAUCUGAUAUAUGGUUGCUGUUGUUAUUUGAACACACUGCAUUUAUUUGUCUAUAUAUUUAUACUGUCCGUCUUCCCCAACUAGAAUGGAAACACCACAGGAGUAGGAAUUGGGCCUGUCAUGGCCACCAUUCUAGAGUCAGGGCCAAAACAGGGUCUCAGUGUUGAGUGAGCCAGUGGAGUCUUCCUUCUUCCUUGGGUAACUUGGUGCGCUGUCAGAUACACUGACAAUGGAUGUAAAGUGAAGCCCCGGGGGCGUGUGCGAACUGGAAUACUCACUGGCUAAUCCUUUGAGUGGGCGGAGCUUGCAACUGGACAGAUAAGGGUUAUAAACCUUCACUUCGUCCCCCACCACACCAGAGACAAGAGCCAGGAAGUGAUAAGACGAGGACACGAAGGCAGACCAAGGUUUAAGGAACUGAUCCUGAGCUUACCCAGCUCCUUGCUGGCCAGGAAACCCUGAGCCGAGCGUCAUGGCAGCCAAACCCAAGCUCUGGUACUUUCCUGGCCGGGGCAGGAUGGAGUCGAUCCGCUGGCUGCUGGCUGCAGCUGGCGUGGAGUUUGAAGAAGAAUUUCUUGAAACAAGAGAGCAAUAUGAGAAGUUGCAGAAGGAUGGGCGCCUGCUUUUUGGCCAAGUGCCUCUGGUUGAAAUUGAUGGGAUGAUGCUGACGCAGACCAGAGCCAUCCUCAGCUACCUGGCUGCCAAGUACAACUUGUAUGGAAAGGACCUGAAGGAGACACUCAGGAUCAACAUGUACGCCGAUGGCACUCAGGACCUCAUGGUGAUGAUCAUGACGGCUGCGUUCAAACCCCCAGAGGAAAAAGAGGAGAACAUCGCUUUAAUUGUGACAAAAGCGAAAACCCGUUACUUCCCGGUCUUUGAAAAGAUUUUGAAAGACCAUGGAGAGGAUUUCCUUGUUGGCAACAAAUUCAGCUGGGCGGAUGUACAACUCUUAGAAGCUAUUUUAAUGGUGGAAGAACUCAAUGCUUCUGUUCUCUCAGACUUCCCUCUGCUAAAGGCAUUUAAAGCAAGAAUCAGCAACAUCCCUACAAUUAAGAAGUUCCUGCAGCCUGGGAGUCAGAGGAAGCCACCUCCGGAUAGCCGCUACGUUGACGUGGUCAGGCACGUUCUGCAGUUCUAA